UUUUUACUUCCAAUCCUUCAUUUCAAUGUCUGUCUUGUCCAAGUGUUCCUAUCUGGGUUUUGACUUACCGCCAUGAGGUAGUUGCUCGUCCGUCCGUCCUAGUUAUCUGAUUCUUUUUAAUACCCUUUUCAUUCAAGAGGAAAUCUUGCUACCCCAAUACUAAUCUCACCGACCAUACCGCCCCUCCAGACCUCCCGCAUCGGAUUUGCAAACCAAUACUUCCUUGCCGCUUCCGAAACAUCCAUCUACUCCACUGUGCCUAUAUCCUCCAGGCCUAUCAAACAAUACCACAAACGAUUCCCAAGCCACCAUGGUCCGAAAUAUUGUUGUCAUUGGGGGUAAUUCCCACCCGCAACUGACGGAGACGAUAUGCAGUGUUCUCGGCGUCCCUCCUGCCGACGUAUUACUGUCGAAAUUCUCCGUGGGCGAAACCAGGGUGGAGAUCCAAGAAUCCGUUCGCGAGAAGGAUGUUUAUAUCAUCCAGUCUGGUGGUGGCAAGGUGAAUGAUCACCUCUUGGAGCUUCUCAUCGCGAUUUCUGCGUGUAAAACCGCGUCGGCGAAGAGAGUCACCGCCGUGCUCCCGUUGUUUCCAUACUCGCGCCAGAGCGAUAUCCCGUAUAACAAGGCCGGGGCUCCUCUGGUUAAGAACUCGGCUGGAAACAAGUCCGCCAACGGCUAUACCUUCGAAAGUACCCCGCCUACCCCACACCCUGGUCACGCCGACAGCACCGGCCUUAUGAAUGGUGUCGAGAAUCUUCAAAAGAGUCUCGCAAAGGCUCAAAUUGAUGACCAGGCCAACGGUAGCCCUGUCAAGGGCCGUCCCGUGAAUGGUCUCUCUCGCAGCAACACCCUUGAUUCGGCCAAGUCGACAAGCACUGUUGGAAAUGGGGUUCUUAAUGACGAGAACGCAAACAAGAUCAAUACUUUCCAGCCUCGUCCUGGCUACAAACAGUGGGUAGCGCAGGCGGGCACUUUGGUCGCGGAUCUGCUUACCUGUGCCGGCGCGGAUCACAUCAUCACCAUGGACCUGCACGAUGCCCAAUACCAAGGAUUCUUCGAUAUUCCCGUGGAUAACUUAUAUGGGAGACCUCUGCUCAAGUCUUACAUUCAGCGGAAUAUCCCUAACUACAAACAAUCAGUCAUUGUCAGCCCCGACGCUGGCGGAGCUAAACGUGCUACCGCCAUUGCGGAUUCUAUGGGCAUCGAGUUUGCUCUGAUCCACAAGGAACGACGGCCCACGCGCAUUACGGACCGCCAAAACGCGACCAUGAUGCUGGUCGGAGAUGUCAAGGGCCGGACGGCGAUCCUUAUUGACGAUUUGGCUGAUACGUCGAACACCAUCACUCGCGCUGCUAAGCUGUUGAAGAAGGAGGGCGCCGCCCAGGUUCUUGCCUUGGUGACGCACGGCAUCCUCAGCGGUGAUGCCAUUGACCGCAUCAACGCCAGCGCCCUCGACAAGGUCAUCGUGACCAACAGCGUGGACCAAGCGGACCACUUACAACGGUGCCCCAAGCUGGAAGUUCUGGAAGUUGGACACGUUUUCGCUGAGGCCAUUCGUCGCGUCCACCACGGAGAGAGUAUCAGCGUGCUCUUCCAGUAUGACUAAUUGAUGUUUUUUUUUUCAUCUUUUUGUUCGUUUGGCCGUACUAUCCUCAGAUAUAGUGGAUGGUAUAUGAAAAGAAUUUUGCAAGAAAAGUGAUGAACCGGAUAGUUUUCUUUCCGUGUCCUUUUUAUUUUGACUUAAAAACCUCUACAACACGUGGCUACCCGCCACUGCCUUCCUAUACUUCCUUGAUCUAUAACAAUUCCCAACUUAACCGUUGCAUAUCUUUGACGCCUUUGCGUGAAUUUACCCCAUUUCCUCCAAAGCAAAAGGAUAGAUUAUUGCAGCACCAA